AUAUUAGAUCUUUUAACAAUUCUAGGGGAUCAAACUGACAUUUACUCCUCUCGUCAAAACCAAAGCCCCCAAGCCUGAAGUCUCCAUUCAGUUUUCAUACUUCAAAUCUGAAUCUCCAAAACAAAACUCAGAUCUCAUUUUUCUCUGCAAUUCAGGUAUAGAUAUAAAAAUGGGUGAACCAAAGAAGCAGCAACCAGUUUUCACCAAGGUUGAUCAACUUAGACCAAUGGCUACAGGGCUAAAUCUUACUGUGAAAGUGGUUAAUACAAAAAUGGUAGUGCCACGUGGAAAUCAAAGCCGUCAGAUGCGAUUGGCUGAAUGUUUGGUUGGUGAUGAGACUGGAAUGAUCAUUUUCACUGCUAGAAAUGAUCAAGUCGACAUGAUGAAAGAUGGCGCUACUGUAAUUUUGCGCAAUGCAAAAAUCGAUAUGUUCAAGGGAUCAAUGAGGCUCGCAGUGGACAGGUGGGGGCGUAUUGAAGUUACCGAACCUGCUAGUUUCUCUGUCAAGGAAGACAAUAAUCUGUCCCUUAUCGAGUUUGAACAAGUGACUGUCAUUGAGCAGUGACUCGAGGCAAGCCAUCGCAACGGGUAAUGCAUAUUUGCGGAGAGUAUAAGUAAGUUUCUUUUUAUAGGGAUGCUAAUUUGGCUUUAUCAGCUGAGGAAAAACUACUUGUUUUGUUAAGUCAGAAAGUUCAAUUUUUUUUAUUUUUUUUUGGUGGUGGAGGUGACGGGUCCAAUGUUUUUGUAGAUAGCAAGGCAUGUAGCUGCAAUAAACAGUAGUACGACUUGCUUGUUUCUUUAUUUGGAGGACUGUUUUUUCACAGUA